AUGGGCCAGGCGUUCUGCAGUUCUUACCGCACAGAAACUCUGGGCUCAGCCUCGGCAGCGGCGGAGGGGCGCGGGUCUCCCACGCAGAGGCGGGGCGCGGGGAGCCGUGCUGCUCCCGGCCGUCCGGAGGGGGGCACUGCAGACCGCGCUCGCCUCUGCGCCCGCCUCCGGCCCCUGGCGCCCAGGGGCUCUGGCGACCGCGUGCGCCGUUCUGGCCCCCACCCCGCCUCCGCCACCCCCCGGGCCCCGAGUUCGGGCCAGCGCCACACGUGGGUGCCCCCUGCGCCCCGCCCUGCAUGCGCGGUCCACUUGGACACCGAAAGGCUCCAGGGACAGGGUCUUCCGGGGUGGACGUGGCGCUCCCGGCACUGGGCCCUGCGUGGCAUCUGGGGAUUUAGAGGCGUCCGGCUCCCACCGGGCGGAGGAGGGGAAACCCCGGCAAAGAGCCGGGACUCCGGGAGGAUCCCCUGCGUAUUUGAAUAUUCAGCUCAUUUGGACAUGUUCAGAAGUCAGAAAACUACUGUCAUGCAAGCAGCUAGGAGAGUUUCAAACUUGAAGAACCGCAAAGCAGAACAAGUGGAGAAGGACUUGGGAGGGCAGGUUGCAACAUGCUGACUCCUCUCAGUGCCGGUGCUGGAGAAGACCAGAGCGAUUGGAAAAAGUAUUACAUCAAUGGUAUUAUGGAAAACAAUUAAAAAGGUGGACUCCUAGGGGCGCCUGGGUGCCUCAGUCGGUUAAGCAUCCGACUUCUGCUCAGGUCAUGAUAUCAUGGUUUGUGGGUUCGAGCCCUGCAUCGGGCUCU